AAGAAAUUUAUAGUCGCAGUAUAUGCAAUUCUAAGGUGAUUCAUGUAACUUGUACGCGUGGUCUUUGCCAGUUGAUAUUAAGUCAAAGUAGAUUUUGUAAAAUGACAGACGGCAAGAACGACAAAACCAAAGUAGAUUUAGGAUUACUCGAAGAAGAUGAUGAAUUUGAAGAAUUCCCAGCAGAAGAUUGGACAGCAAAAGAUGAAGAUAAUGAAGAUAUUAGUGUAUGGGAGGAUAAUUGGGAUGAUGACGACGUUGAAGAUGACUUUAAUCAACAAUUGAGAGCACAACUAGAAAAACAAAAAGGUCAAGGUGAACCAACAAAAGAAGAUUAAACAAUUUGUGAUAUUUAACUCUACUCUUCAUAUGCAUUGAUAAGUUAUGUAAAUUUUAAUGUGUGCUUCUUCUUUGCAUUAAAUUUAUAACAAUGUACAUAUGUGCAUUACGGAUUCUCUGUUAUACGUAAUAUAUAUACUAUAGAAAGACUAUUUGAUUAUAGUAUUUAAAUUAAUAUUGCGAUACAACAAUCUUACAGAUGUACUUUGCAAAUUAUUCAAAUUAAGUUAAAAUAAUGCGCAGAAACAUUCAAAUAUGAAUAAUACUACAGAAAACUAUAUUAUUUUAAAUGGUAUUACAUUAUACCAACCGAUAUGAUAUAUAAAAUAAAAAAAAUUACUCUCUGAUAGUAAUAAAAAUUCAAUUACAAAAUAGUGUACGAAAAUGGUUCAUUAAAUAUUUAUAUUAUAAAA